CAGAGCUUAAACGCACCCAAGUUUCAUGCGAGUGACAGUGAGGAGCGGAUUCUCCAUAUAUAUCAAAUAAAACACCACACAGGGUGACAUCAACAAGAUGCAACUGAUGAUCAGAGGCCAACAACAUCUGCAGUGUUGCUUCAACAAGGCCUGAGGGUGUAAUUUCUUUUGACUCAACACUGUCCACCUACAUUUGAUCCUGGCCCUGGACUCCACACUUUACUAGACAUUAGACCCACUCAAUCGAUUGUACCAACCUAACAAGACGUAUUCUCCAGACUCUGUUUGUGAAAACGCAUACAGAGGCACGCAAGAAAGAAGAGGUCAUCCCUGACUCAUCAAACUAAUGCACACCCACUGGAGCGACAGAAGCCCACUAAUCAAACUAUUGUUCUCGCCUCGACAACUGACUCAUUUAACGCUUGCAGUGGCCUCUCAGAUUCACAUAUUGAUCUAGUGCCAGGCUGAUCAGAUUAGUGGUUCAAUCUUCGUUUGUACACACGUUCUGCCACUUUCAGCACAAGCCCAAAUUAGGAAAUGUGCUGUUGGGUCAGUUUGUUGUAGUUCCCUUUGGCGUAUAGCGCUAUAAAGCACAGAGAACACCCCUAAGCCAUAUCCCAUCUGGAACCAAUUAGCCCCGAUCCCUGCAGUGAAGAGCAAGCAGGAGAAAACGAGUGUGUGGCUUGAGUCCCCUGCACACGUUGUGUUUUUAUUCGUUGUGGCAGACUGUUGUGUCAUGUCGCAUCUGACGCCACAGCGUUUGAGAGUCAGAUUGGAUUUGACAGGUUUAAAAUAAACAGGCCUGUCAUCUCAACCCCUCUAGGAGCAGAAAGGUCCUGGACGCAUCCGGAUUGCUCCACUUGUGUCAUUCUGUGUCCAGAUUCGUGUCUGUCACACAGUCGAGGGACAGGAGCACUCCCUGGGUUGACUUCGGCCACUUUUGUCCACUUUGAGGUUGCUGUCCCAAUCUGGCCAACCUGUCCGUUCAUCCCACCCUCCAGACAGCUUGCAAGUUCUGCCAUCGCCCUCCUUGGAGGAUGAGCGAUGUGUCCACACUGGACUAUGAGCUGCUCUCGCCGGGACCUUCCUUUUCAGGGGCCCCAAGCAGCCCAUCACUUGGCGGAGAUGCCGAGCAAAGGACGGCCUUCGCUUUUGUGGGUCUCCUGAUGGUGUUUUUGAUCUUUUUGUUGGUACGAUGCUUCCGUAUAUUGCUGGACCCCUACAGCCGAAUGCCUGCGUCCUCUUGGACUGACCACAAGGACGGGUUUGAGAGGGGCCAGUUCGAUUAUGCCCUGGUGUAGUCACAAAUCCAAGGGACCCAAAGUCACCUCAAUCCUCUGCCUUAGCCCAAUCAGUGGGCCAACUCUAAGCUUGUUGAUCAACUGGUACAGCGUGGCGCUAACAACGUCAAGGUCAUGGGUUAAAUUCCCAGGAAACACAUACUGACAACAUGUAUACCUUGAAUUCAUCAAGUUGUGUAUUAUUCAUAAAUGAAGACUACUGGAUGCUACUGUGACACCAUGUCUGAAUUAACAGGGUUGUCCAUUUCCGAUGCUGUAGCUAUUUCCUCAGGGGCACAAAACCUUUGUCUAGAAUAUUGAAAUAGAUUAAUUCAAUUACAAACUCUAUCUGGUCUAGACAAACAUCUGGAACGAAAUUAUGUGGAGCAUGGCGCCAUGUACUGUAAAAUUCAAGUUGCCCUACACAAUAUCUACUGUGAACUGUGACUAUACUUCUCAAUUUCUUGGAAAACCACUGUAGAUAUCUCAUAAUUACUGUAGAUAACUGAGGACGAUGUUACAAAUCCAAGAUUUAAACUCCCCUCUGGACCUUAAUCAGGGUUAUAUGUCAUCUUUAACAUGACACAAAUGCUGUACAUUGUUCAAUGGGUUGUGUUGUUAUGCACCUUCAUGUCAGUCAUUUAGCCAAAAAAAUUUUUUAUUGAAUGUGACAAUUUACAUAAGGGUGGUUUUACGAACGAUUUACACAAAUUUGUUCUAUUAGUGUUGUCGCAUUACAUAAAUUAUGACAUUGAAUUGAAUGUGACAAUUUACUUAAGAAUGGUUUUACGGGGGGGCCUGGGUAGCUCAGCCCUCAGUCGUGAGUUCGAAUCCAGGGUGUGAUGACUGACUCCAGCCAUGUUUCCUACGCAACUAAAUUGGCCCGGUUGCUAGGGAGGGCAGAGUCACAUGGGGUAACCUCCUCAUGGUUGCAAUUAGUGGUUCUUACUCUCAAUGGGGCGCGUGGUAAUUGUGCUUGGAUCGCGGAGAAUAGCAUGAGCUGUGAGUCUCCGCAGUGUCUUGCACAGUGAGCCACGUGAUAAGAUUGACGAUCUCAGAAGCGGAGGCAACUGAGACUUGUCCUCCGCCACCCGGAUUGAGGUGAGUAACCGCACCACCACGAGGACCUUUUACGAACUAUUUACACACAUUCGUUCUGUUAGUGUUGUCGUAUUAAAUUACGACAUUGAAUUGAAUGUGACAAUUUAUGUAAGAAUGGUUUUACGAACGAUUUACAAAAUUUGUUCUGUUAGUGUUGUCGAAUUACAUAAAUUACCACUUUACAUUGAAUGUAACAGUUUUCAUAAAAAUGUUUUUACGAUUGAUUUAUACAUAUUUGUUUUUGUGUGGUGCAUUACAUAAAUUGUCGCAUUGCAUUUAAUGUGACAAUUUACGUACAAAUGGCUUUACGAACGAUUUACCAAAUUCGUUCUGUUAAUGUUGUCGCAUUACAUCAAUUACCACAUUGAAUUGAAUGUGACAAUUUGUGUAAGAAGAGUUUUACGAAUGAUUUACUAAAUUCGUUCUGUUAAUGUUGUCGCAUUACAUAAAUUACUGCAUUGCAUUGAAUGUGACAGUUUUCAUAAAAAUGGUUUUACUAUUGAUUCACAGAUUUGUUCUGUUAGUGUUGUCGCAUUACAUAAAUUACCGUAUUGAUUUUAAUGGGAUAAUUUUCGUACGAAUGUUUUACGAUUGAUAUACAGAGAUUUGUUCCGUUUGUGUUGUCGCAUUACAUAAAUUGCUGCAUUGCAUUAAAUGUGACAAUUUAUGUUGAAUUGAAUGUGACAAUUUGCGUAAGAAAGGUUUUAUGAAUGAUUUACUAAAUUCGCUUUGUUAGUGUUAUCGCAUUACAUAAAUUACCGCAUUGCAUUGAAUGUGACAAUUUUCAUAAAAAUGGUUUUACGAUUGAUUUACACAGAUUUGUUCUGUUAGUGUUGUCGCAUUACAUAAAUUACCGCAUUACAUUGCUGCGUUGAACUGAAUGUGACAAUUUAUGUAAGUGGUUUUAUGAGCGACUUACACAAAUUUGUUCUGUUUGUGUUGUCACAUUACAUAAAUUGUCUCAUUGCAUUAAAUGUGACAAUUUACAUACAAAUGGCUUUAUGAACGAUUUAUACAAAUUUGUCUGUUCGUGUAGUUGCAUUACAUAAGUUUCUGCAUCAAAUUGAAUGUAACAAUUUACGUAAGAAUGGUUUUAUGAACGGUUUACACAAAUUCUUUUUGUUUGUGUUGUCGCAUUGAAUUGAUGUGACAAUUCACCUAAAUUUCUUUUUGCUCGUGUUUCAUAAAUGAGGCCCAAUGAACGGAGAGUAUUUUCUGCCCAUUUUCCACUGUAGAUAUCUCAUAAUUACUGUAGAUAACUGUGGACGAUGUUACAAAUCCAAGAUUUAAACUCCCCUCUGGACCUUAAUCAGGGGUAGACGUCAUCUUUAGCGUGACACAAAUGGGGAACAUUGUUCAAUGGGUUGUGUUGUUAUGCACCAUGUCAGUCGUUUAGCCCAAAUUUUUGAAUUGAAUGUGACAAUUUACAUAAGAGCGGUUUUACGAACGAUUUACACAAAUUCGUUCUGUUAGUGUUGUCGCAUUACAUAAAUUACGACAUUGAAUUGACAUUUUCCCCUUUCAUUUGUGUCAAAUUAAACAUGCUAUCACCGACUAAGGUCAUUUUCUAUUAGGCAUGAUUUUGAACAGAAAUUAUUUUACACCAAAUAUAUCUUUAAGUAUUCCUUCAGCAUUGUUGGAAGUUUGUCAGAUGUCCGACAUUCUGCCUUCGACAGAUACUUUGAAAUUUGUGCUUUAUAUUUCAGAGGACAUUCUGGAUUUGUGCUCCCUAGGUUGUUUACAGAAUCAAAAAACCCUUUAAGACUUUUAACUGAGUCGAUUUAAUGUUGUUUCUUUCCUGUCCUAUGUCUCCUUUGACUAUACUGUAUGUACAUAAGCCAUAUUUUCUUAUCUCUUGAAAGUGUCCAUGUUAUUGGUUGUUUGCUAAUCUGCAAAACUCUCUGAAACGGUUGUGAACGAAUGAGAUUUAGAAGCAACAGAAAUGCUUUAUUUUUGUAACCAGACUCAGUUUUGGAGUUCCCUUUCGCCCACAUGUUGUACACUAUAUUGCCAAAAGUAUUCGCUCACCCAUCCAGAUAAUUGAAUUCAGGUGUUCCAAUCACUUCCAUGGCCACAGGUGUAUAAAAUGAAGCACCUAGGCAUGCAGACUGCUUCUACAAACAUUUGUGAAAGAAUGGGCCGCUCUCAGGAGCUCAGUGAAUUCCAGCGUGGUACUGUGAUAGGAUGCCACCUGUGCAACAAGUCCAGUCGUGAAAUUUCCUCGCUACUAAAUAUUCCACAGUCAACUGUCAGUGGUAUUGUAACAAAGUGGAAGUGAUUGGGAAUGACAGCAACUCAGCCACGAAGUGGUAGGCCACGUAAAAUGACAGAGCGGGGUCAGCGGAUCCCGAGGCGCAUAGUGCGCAGAGAUCGCCAACUUUCUGCAGAGUCAGUCGCUACAGACCUCCAAAGUUCAUGUGGCCUUCAGAUUAGCUCAAGAACAGUGCGUAGAGAGCUUCAUGGAAUGGGUUUCCAUGGCCGAGCAGCUGCAUCCAAGCCAUACAUCACCAAGUGCAAUGCAAAGCGUCGGAUGCAGUGGUGUAAAGCACGCCGCCACUGGACUCUAGAGCAGUGGAGACGCGUUCUCUGGAGUGACAAAUCACGCUUCUCCAUCUGGCAAUCUGAUGGAUGAGUCCGGGUUUGGCGGUUGCCAGGAGAACGGUACUUGUCUGACUGCAUUGUGCCAACUGUGAAGUUUGGUGGAGGUGGGAUUAUGGUGUGGGGUUGUUUAUCAGGAGCUGGGCUUGGCCCCUUAGUUCCAGUGAAAGGAACUCUGAAUGCUUCAGCAUACCAAGAGAUUUUGGACAAUUCCAUGCUCCCAACUUUGUGGGAACAGUUUGGGGAUGGUCCCUUCCUGUUCCAACAUGACUGUGCACCAGUGCACAAACAAGGUCCAUAAAGACAUGGAUGAGCGAGUUUGGUGUGGAAGAACUUGACUGGCCUGCACAGAGUCCUGACCUAAACCCGAUAGAGCACCUUUGGGAUGAAUUAGAGCGAAGACUGCGAGCCAGGCCUUCUCGUCCAACAUCAGUGUCUGACCUCACAAAUGCGCUUCUGGAAGAAUGGUCAAAAAUUCCCAUAAACACACUCCUAAACCUUGUGGAAAGCCUUCCCAGAAGAGUUGAAGCUGUUAUAGCUGCAAAGGGUGGGCCGACGUCAUAUUAAACCCUAUGGAUUAAGAAUGGGAUGUCACUUAAGUUCAUAUGCGUCUAAAGGCAGAUGAGCGAAUACUUUUGGCAAUAUAGUGUAGCUCUCAUUUCUUCUAAUAGGACGGAUGUACCCAUAGUAUUAUGUGCCAAGAACAUUGCACAUUUUGAAAAUGGAGGAUUCUGCAUUGCUUUGUGAGAUUUGUAAGUAGACUGGAUAUUUUCCUAAAUCAUUUUUGUGAAGCUGGUGCAAUCCCUUGAAAUAAAAUAAAUUCACUAAAGAUCUCCAAUAUCCUCAGUAGACA